UGGAAUCUUUUUUAUUUUAUUUUUUUGAUUGUCGGUGUGUGAUCAACGGUGGGGAAGUUUCCGGUGGAGUAAGGGGGUCGGAAUGCUUGUCGAAACUGGCGAGGAAUGGUGGAGAUUCGAGUGGGGUGGUGAUGGUUGUCGGGAUUGUCUCUUGCAUGUUGGUUGGUUUGAGAGUGUUUGAGAGUCGAGUGGCGAUGGUUCUGUUGAGUAGUUAAGAGUGUUUCAUCGUGUCUCUAUAUGAAUUCUGGACUGCCAUUGCAUUCUUGAAACGUGGUGUGUAAAUUCAUAAGCUUUUCACGUUUCAGGGUUCGGUCGUGGGCAUGUCCCUAUUUCUCAUUUUGUCAAUUCUGGUAAUGGUAACCUAUGUUACAUGAUCGAGAGGGUUUUCUUGUGAUGCACUUGGGCUGAAGUGGUGGCGGUUCGAAUGUGAAGGACAUUCGGUUGUCUUCACACCGCUUCAGUCGAGGUCGGAAAUCCCAGAAUGUGAUCUACAGGAAAUCUUCCAGGAUGACGGAUGCGGUUGUGUUGCGGCAGGUAUGCUGAGAGGACGGAUGGGGUGUGGUGUGUGGUACUGGUGCAGAUAUUCAGAGACUGAUUUAUGCUGUAAGAGAGUAUGGCGGCAGUCCAGCUGACGAGUUGCUGCGGCAGGGGUGUGGCGUCUACAGGGGUUGCAUCUUCACACAAGAGAACUGAAGAAGGGAUAGGUUCUGGGCUUCGGGGAAAUUGGGUUAGUACUUCUCGUAUCAGCCGGGCAUUGUCGUUGAAAACGUCGGCAAUUGAGGUCCUGGUGGUGCAGGUGACUCCUCUGAAGGCUGUCUCAUCCUCGUCUUCCAGCCGCAAUGGCGUGUGGUGCAGCGCGGUGGAGUCGUCCAUCGGUGCAUGGCCGCAAACCCCCGCGCCCGAGAACACUCUGACGUUCUCGGCCGACCCCAGCGAAAGAAACCAAGAGCAGGAGCAGAUGCUGAAGGAUCUGGCGGACUCGGACGAGACGAAGCGCGCGAAGACUCUGCUUAACGUCGUGUUCGUGUCUGCGGAAGUGGCGCCGUACUCGAAAACCGGUGGGUUGGGAGACGUGUGCGGGUCUCUGCCGAUUGCGCUGGCACAGAGGGGGCACCGCGUGAUGGUGGUGGCUCCGCGGUACAUGAACGGGGUGACGGACGCGAUGUACGAGGGCGCGUUCGAUUGCCAGUGCCGGAUUCCGGUGGCGUGCUUCGGGGCGACGCACGAAGUGGCGUUCUUUCACGAGUUUCGGGCGGGGGUGGACUGGGUGUUCGUGGACCAUCCGUCGUACCAUCGGCAGGGAACGCCGUACGGGGAUACGAGGGGCGCAUUCGGCGACAACCAAUUCAGGUUCACUCUUCUGUGCCACGCAGCGUGCGAGGCGCCGUUGGUGCUGGCGCUGGGCGGGUACACGUACGGGGAGAAGUGCGUGUUCGUGGCGAACGACUGGCAUGCGUCGCUGGUGCCCGUGCUGCUGGCGUCGAAGUAUAGGCGGCACGGCGUGUACGUGAACUCGCGGUGCAUUUUGGCGAUCCACAACCUGGCGCACCAAGGGGUGGAGCCGGCGACGACGUUCAGCAACCUGGGCAUCCCGCUGGAAUGGUACGGGGCGCUGGAGUGGGUGUUCCCGGAGUGGGCUCGAUUGCACGCGUUGGACAAGGGGGAGGCGGUGAAUCAUCUGAAGGGGGCGGUGGUGACGUCGGAUCGGAUUCUGACGGUGAGCCAGGGGUACGCAUGGGAGAUCACGACUCCGGAGGGAGGGUGCGGGCUGGACAAGCUGCUGGGGAGCCGAGCUGCUGUGAUCAACGGCAUCACGAACGGCGUGGACGUGGACGACUGGAGCCCUUCGGUGGACCGGCAUUUGCCUGCGACGUUCACGGUGGGAGAUAUGGCGGGGAAGGCGGAGUGCAAAGCCGCGCUGCAGAGGGAGUUGGGGCUGCCGGUGAGGCCGGAGGUGCCGCUGAUCGGGUUCAUCGGGCGGCUGGAUUACCAGAAGGGGCCGGACAUCGUGCAAGAGGGGUUGCCGGAGCUGAUGACGGACGACAUCCAGGUGGUGAUGCUGGGGAGCGGGGACACGGAGAUGGAGAAGUGGAUGAAGUGGGCGGAGACGCAGUACAGGGAGAAGUUCCGGGGGUGGGUGGGAUUCAGCGUGCCGGUGGCGCACAGGAUCACGGCAGGGUGCGACAUCCUGCUGAUGCCGUCUCGAUUCGAGCCAUGCGGGCUGAACCAGCUGUACGCGAUGCGGUACGGGACGAUCCCAGUAGCGCACGCAACGGGCGGGCUGCGGGACACGAUCGAGAACUACAACCCGGAUGCGAACAACGGAGAGGGGAGCGGGACGGGGUGGAUAUUCUCGCCGCUGUCGAAGGACGCGAUGGUGAACAGUCUGUGGGGCGCGAUCUUCGCGUACCGGAACGACAAGGAGGGGUGGGCGCGGAUGCAGGAGCGGGGGAUGGAGAAGGACGUGUCGUGGACGCGGUCUGCGCUGCAGUACGAGCAAGUGUUCGAGUGGGCGAUGAUCGAUCCACCGUAUGCGGCGUAAGGCGUGUGCAGGGCAUUUUUUUUUUAGUGGAUGCUUUAGUAGACUAUCCUUCAGAGCUGUGGUGGAGCUAAGAAUGUAGUUCACGGACAGCGAAUGUGUUGUUGCAAGGUUUAGGUUUGAUUAGAUUUUUCGCCGGCGGAAAUAGAGCUGUAGUAUGAUCACGUAAACGUAGGGUAGGUUUCAGUCGGUGCUGGUUUGUGGGCCAUUUAGACACGGACCUUUUGAAGGUUGGCGAAUGAGUCAGGUCUGUUACUUGAGAUUAUCACAAUUCCUACAAUCGCUGGCUUCUAUGGAAGCUGUUAUUGCGUAGCUUUUUGCUGCCAUUGCUUUUGUUUUGGUUCUGUCCCAGGUGUUGUUUGAUGAGCCUGACACAGUGUGAUUUUCUAACGACGGCUCACCUGUACAGGGACUUGCAAAUACAUAAUUCUGUUGAACGUUUCUAUUUCA